AUGUGCAAAGUGCCAGCUGUUAUCCAUUGGUUUCGUUUAGAUUUACGAUUGCAUGACAAUCUUGCACUAAGAAAUGCUAUUAAUGAAGCUGAAAAUCGUAAAUAUAUUUUACGGCCAACUUACUUUCUUAAUCCAGAGAGUAUAACUGAUGUAGGCCAUAACAGGUUACGAUUCCUUAUACAAAGUUUAAGAGACCUAGACACUAAUUUACAAUGCUGUAAGGCACCAGACUUUGAGUGUCAAGAUUAUGAUGUACCAUCCAUAGAAGAAAUGGGCUUUGAUGAAUCAACAUUAUCAGAAUGUAAAUAUCCUGGAGGCGAAAUGAUGGGGACCGGAGUUCGGGUAGUUUACAAACAUGCCAGUGAUUGCAGUCUGAUAAGACAGCCA